UGGCUUCUUUGUAAUGCCCAGUAGAUAACUUAAGUUUCUGCUGUGUUAAAUUGAAAAAUAUGUGAUAAAAUAAAAUGUGAUUAUUAUGAAAAAAAUGCUGAUAGCAAAAUAGCUCUAUGUCGAAAAGUUUUGUGACUGGUUAGCUAGAAUAACGGACUUGAUGAUGCCUUUCGACAAAGCUUCUGAAAUUAAAUGCAAGGAGAUCGAUAAAAUCAAACGUCGUCAUAAAACUGACGACUCUGCUGUUGCAUCAACUCUAAGAUGUGGUGAAGAUACUUUACAGUGCUCAAAAAUGGAGAAUGUGGACGAAAAUACUGGAAAACCAACCGAUUUGUGUUUACAAGGCAAUACCCACCUCAUAUCUAGUACAACGAGCAGUCUUGCCGAUACGCCCGGCGAUUCUGGAGUUUUGUGUUUGGAUAGCGAAGCAUCAGAGGCUACGAGUCAAGCUCUUAUGUCUCAUAGCCUUGUAGGGGCCGAAGAAUUAACGUGCGAUAGUAUCUACGAUGCCAUCCCUAGUGGUUCCCAAGACAUGAUAAAGAGUACCAAUAGCAGUAUCAUGACUCGCAGUGACAUAGAUAACCAAAAUGUAGGAGCACCUGAUGAUAUUGUACCUGAACUUUUGAUAGAAGUUCAUUCAAAGCCUGUGUAUGAGAAUCUACCAGAUGUUGUUCUAAAAGCUUUGGAGAGUGAGAAAGUUUGUACUGAUGAUGUUAAAAAGUCUGCACUAAGGUCAACUGAACCAAAGAAAUCUUUAUCAGAGGACAUUGUAUAUAGGCGGAGAUGUAGAAAAAAGUCACAAAGUGGUCCCAGCUCACAGAAAAAAAGGGUAUCAUUUCAUGAGGACAUUUUAAAUAAUACCAGAACUGAUAACAUUCAUAUAGAAAGAGGUUUCAUUUCUUAUGGGCCAAAUGGUUCAUAUUGUGAUAAAUUCAGGCAAAAGAAUGCUGUAAAUGACAGAUUCUCAUGGUGUUCCUCUGGAGAUAGGCAACAACCCAAAUAUGCUGCAGAUGUAGCUCAACAGACAAUGUCAGAUAUACUAACAUAUGGGGAUUCAAAGCAUGACAGAAGUGGUAUAUUUGAAUAUACUCAAGGCUUUGAAAGAAAUAAUCAAGAUAAUAAGGAUUCUGAUAAUAAUAAUGAAACAAAAGCCACAAACAAAAUGUAUGGCUGUGACUCUAAUAGCUCAGAUUCAAACUUCAGCUGCGAUUCAGAAACCUCAUCUAGUGACUCUUCCUCCUCACACUCACAUAAAACAGAAACAUUGCAAGUCCACAAAAAAACCGACAAAACCCAAAAGUCGUUCUCAUGUGAUGGCUUCGAGAAUGGUGGAGGGCAUGUGUCGUUCAUAAGAAAGACAUAUUUUUCGGAAGCGGAUAUAGAUCAGAACAACGAUCGAAACAACAAGCCUUUAGAAGUCACACAGAGCCCGAUCACAGUGAAAUCGGUCCUCAAGAAAAAAAGAUACAUCAGCACAAAUAUCGUAGAGGAGAGAAAGAAUAAUAACAAAGUCUUGAAUUUACUUGAUGCCAACAACAUAAUUGAUUCAUUAAAGAAUUUUUAUAAAAAUUUUAAUUUCAACUUUGCACCCGAAAAGGGCUUGCCAGAAACUAGUUUGGAACUUAACAAUGUUGUUGAGGCGCUAUCAUGUGAUGUCAAUCAGAAUACUAAGAAAAUAUCAAAGAGUCUAGACUCUGGAUUUCAAAUCGACGAUGAGGAUGACUUUGUUGAAAUCAAUCUUAACUCUCAACCAUUAGAAUUGGAUAAACCUAAAGAAGUAAUGACUGGUUCCAGGACUUCUGUUACAGGCGAUAGAACCCCGAGCGAGGGCUCGCCUCGUCAUAAACUGACCCUUAAUAUGAAAGCACAACACGAUAAAAAACUAUUAAACAAAGACGUGCUGCCACCGCUCAGCAAGUACGUGGUGAACUGCGAGAGUACUGUGUAUGAGCACAAAGGAGUUUCUUACAGCUACGUGCAUGAUACAUUUCAGACAGCAUUCGAAGCACCCAAAGAAUCUUUCGUACCGAUACCAGAAUCUACACCCAUUAAGGAGAUCGUGUUGAGUUCAAGCAAGACGGAUUUGAACAAACAGUCCGACGAUAAUAAUUCAAGUAGGACAUCUACACCAAAGCGCCAGUUCAACAAGAACGUCCAGGAGGAAACUGAACAGAAGAACGGCAUGUCCAAGCACCUGUCAUCACCAAAAAAGCAGAAUGUCAACAGAUACAGUCGCAAAUCCGCUUCAACGGCUGCACAGAAGAAUGAUGACGUCAGCGACAACUGCUCCAACACAGACAACUCAACCCUAAAAGGCGCCGACGACUUCAACGACGACUUCUUCGACAGUCCAUCGAAUCAGAAAUUGCAAAGCAACAAAUCAAUCAUACUAAACAGAUAUCUCAAAAACGUAUGUCAGAAGAAAGAUCUCGAACUGAAGAUAAAAAACAACAAGUUCUAUCAGCUCAAAUUGAGAAUGGAGAGGCUCUUCCCCAGCAUCAUAUAUCCGUUUAAAGAGGUGUCCGACACUUAUCACAUUUCCGCAGCAAGGAUGUCGCGGCUCAUCGACAAGGAAAUUAUAGAGAACAAGCGUUUGUCAGUCAGGUUACUGACGGCCGACGAACCGUCAUACUUCGACAGCUUCGAAGACAAUGUGGCCAUCGAAUGCAAUGAAAAGCUCAGGCUUCAGAUAUUCUCAUAUCCUAAUGAAACACUAAAUAGGAUGAUGAAAGUACAGUCUCCAUACAAUAUGGAGGACGGGUCUUGGACGCCACUCCUAGUUUUCAUCACGGACUACGCGCUUUACGUGGCCAGUGUGAAGCCGGGGGGUACGGAGUAUGACAUCCUUUGCAGACUACCCCACGUUGAACUAGACGCAAUCGCUGUCGGCCCUGAAGCUCAUUACAUACAAGUUAUCGACGUGGCUGGUAACAUAGCGUGUUCUGUGGUCACUGGCGAGUCGUCCUUAGGGGCGAGGCUGGCGUCAAGUCUGGAAUGGAGCGCUAGGACUUCGCCCCUCCGUAUACAACGCCCUCCGGCUAUGCUGCCGCUAUCCUGCAAGCAUCUAGCCGCCGCUGUCACUAGGAAGAGGCAUGAAACAAGGGUGCCGCCGAUUUUGUACUAUGGUCGAGCGUGCUCCGGGGACGCCGAGGAUCGUUUGGUGGAGGCGCCUGGAGCCUUCGCCCCCCCGCUGGAGGGGUACCUCAUGUGCAAGACUGAUAGGAGCAAGAGAUUUGAACCGUGCUACUUCCUACUAAGGGCUGGUGUCCUCCACUGGGGUCCUCACUCGCCGGACGGGACCCCACUACCCAAUAACAUAUCUCUCCGCUCCGUGGUAGGGGUCAGGCGUCAUAUAGACGUGUCCCGCAGACCCCACUGCUUCGAGAUAGCAUUAGGGGACAAUAGCAGACUGUUACUGGCGGCACCCGAUGACCCCACAGCUUCAUCAUGGCUGCAAUCACUAUUACUACACGCUGCUCAGGCUCUCGAAGAAAAGGAUGGAUGUAAGAAGUGUGAACGUGUGGGUCCACCACCAGCCUGUACUAUACUGGUGACCCCCAACGAGGUGGUCAGUUUGAGAGACACCUUGGAUCUAGCCUUCGUAGCAGGAGCAGCCGCCUACCUUAAAGACAGGGGCUCGGAAGCCCUGUUCAAAGAAUACAUCGAGGAAAUGAACACAGACAUAGAAAUAUUAGCCUGCGGUUCAAUAAAGAAUCUUACGGCCUUCAAAAUACCCGACAACGACGAGAACUGGUGUUGUUUGGAGUGGAGUGUUUGUGAAGCUCGAGAGCGCGGCGCUGGACUCGCUCUGUCACUGCCGUCCGCCGCGGAGCUCGAGAGACUACUAGCGGCAAUCGAGGACGCGCACUCAAUGUUAACGCAUGAACCGUUCCCAUUGAGUGUUGUGGAGGCGUCAAAAUCCCCCUGCAGUUUAGCCUACCACAAGUACGAGAAGGCCUGGUCACACAUGUUACCCCAACAGUGAAAAUAAUACUAGAUAAUAUAUAUAACUUAAACUAUAUGCAGCCAUGAUAAUAUCAAUACAUUUUUAUCGCUUUUAAUUCAAUUUAACAUAUUAAUAAAAUAGUAUGUAAUAGAUGUAUGGAAAAUAAUCCGUUAAGGGAAAGAUCUCUAAAUAAUUGCUUAAUAUUAUAGUGAGUUGUGCAAUAUAUAAUAAUUUAACAUAAUAAAACCAAUGCUUAAUUAUUUCUUACUUUAACCAACUUCAAAUAUACUGACAAUAUUAUUAUGUAUCCCGAACUAAAUAUAUCAGUAGUUAGUAAAUGUUCAGUAGGUUGUUGGAAACUAUUAAAAUUGAACUAAUGAUAUAUAAAAAAAAUAAUUAUAAAACAGAUAAUUUUCUCUGAGCACAAAUAGUAUGAUGUAUUGCGGUUUAUAUAAAUUCAAAUGUAUCAGUACUUACGCUAUGUAGAUAGGCUAAUUUUGGUCUAAAUAGAAUAUUCAUAGUUAUAUAAAUUUGUACAUGUCUAUCGUAGAAUAGUUCGUGUAAUGUAGUUGAAGCCUUGAAGUAGAAUGUUUCGUAUUAUCUCCAACUCUGCGUAUAUCUGAUGUAUCUUUAUAUAUAUAUUUGUAUUAAUUGAAAUAUCUCCAAUCUCAGCCGUGUUGAAGAUAAAUGUAUUCUGAAACUUGAUAUAAAUAGAUGUUGAAUGAUUUAAGUUGAACGAAUCUAUUUACAAGUUUAACAGAAUAGAUAAUGUGCUUUGUGAUUGAUUUUUUUUUAAAGCAAGUCUUUUGUAGCUUUGUAAACUUAAAGCUAUUGAAAUGAUUUUGCAUUUUUUUUUUAUCUAUGGCUUCGUGUUUGAGGAAACGCUGCUAAAUUAUAUAUUUUAAAUAAAAGUAAUGUUUGUCUAUGCUUCACCUAUAUCUGUCUAUAUCUAUAUCAUGUAAUGUGAAUGAGGCCAUUGUAUGGGCCAUGUGAUAUUAAUAUAAUAUAAGUUAGGCUUAAGAUUAGUUGUGCCCCGGAGGUAUAACACUGUAUAGAUAAGGUUUAGUUUACAUUAUAAAGAAUAUUUCGUUCUUCGAUAUAUUUAACAAUGUAGACCAGGUCUUAUAUUUUGAUGCUUGUAAUACGAUAUUUUUUUUUGUACGAGGCUUUUGUAUGUAAGCGUUACACUUUCGGGGCGCAAAUUCGUAAGUUUUGUAAACUUUUAGUUAAAUCGCUGCAAUAUCCCAAUGUUUAGUAAAUAUGUAUUAAUUUUUUUGACAAUUUUAUUUAUUUUCGUUUUAUUUUGCGAUGAACUCUGACGUGAAUAUAAAACUUUUAUUUUGUAUAAGUCUAAAUACUUAUUCUAAGAAAUAAUUUUUCAUUAUUUUAAUGAUUUUUUUUCUAUUAAAUGUUAUUAUUUUAUUUGUUUUUUGAUGGCAACGUUCGUUAUAUGUAAAGUAAAUUGUUAUGGAAUUUUAUUGAUCGAUUGAAUCUGUGAUUUCAAUUAUUAUUUAUCAUUGAUAUUAUAAUUUAAUAAUUAGUUUGUCUAAUAUCCAAUGCCGUUGUGAUUAUUUGCCAAUUUUUAUUUUUUUGUUAUAAAUUGGGACAUAAAUAUUGGAAAAAAAAAUAUUACGCAUAUGUAUGUAUGAUGCAAUAGUAAUAACAUGAAUGCCGAAUACUCUUGCUAAGGUCACAAUAGAAUCUUGUAAUUCUUCUCAAUUGUUACUGUGAUUAUAUAUAAUCCCAAAUUUUAGAUUAUUGAUAUACUUGCUAACUUAUCUAGUAAAAUUAUUUGUUUAACAAACCGGCUAUGUUAAUGUUUUGUGUAUGUUUGUUUGUAAAUUUCAUUGUUGUGCUGAAAGUAUUAAUAGGAACAAUAAUAAUGUUAAAGUAAAUAUUAGGAGUUUUCAGUAACUGAUGCAAUGUAUUCAUAAACAUGAACAAUUUGUAUCAGACAUGUAGACGUUCUCUGUAUAUUCCGAAAAAAAAUAUAUCCAAUUAGUUUGAAAUAAAUAAUCAAAUACCCUUC